AUGGAGUGCAUCAACCAAGAGAGCGCGAGCUCGCAUUCGGCAACGAAUGUGGCCAGCGGUGUAGAUGCGCCAACCGUAGCUGCAGCCCCGCUCUCACCGCUGCAGGUGGAGUUGCAGAGGCCAGACCCACUCUCGAGAUCCCUCUGUGAGGCGGUGCAACUCUCGCAGUCGUCGGUGUCCAACGCCGCUGAAGCCAACGACACCGAUGCCCCGCCCCUCCUAUGCGGCGACCCGGCCGCGGCGCGCUCCUCCUCCAUCAUAUCCUCACACGACGCGUCGUUCUACAGCAGCCUCAUGGUGAGCCGGGCAGAGAACCUGGAUGGGCUGGAGAGCUGCACGAGUCGCACUGGACGCAACCUAAUUUCACCGUCCACCGGAGCGACAGCAGAGAGGUACGCAUAUGAGCAGUCGCCUUCAGUCGAGCCGCACCUCUCCACACCGAAGCGCCGACUAGCCCCAAACUCUGCGGAUUCGCAAGGCGGGAAAGAGGAGGUUGCACCCAACACAGAGGCAGAGACCACCUCAGAGCGACCCGCCUCAUCCGGUGCUGCGGCGAGGACAGCGGAGUCAGGCGUGGCAAUAACAGGCUCCCACAGCGUUGGUGGCGAAGACCACAGGAGCGACUCGCAGGCGCACGCACACCGAUCUCUGCCGUCGCCAGCCGGCAAUGUAAAGACGCUUGAGGAUCUCCUGGACUGGCGCUCGCACCUUUCCGCUUGGCAGCGGUCUGUGGGCACGCAUGAAAGCCACAAUACAGAUGGCAACAACACCACUGUAAAACACAUGUGCAACAGUCAGACAAGCGAGGGGAAUAUGGUCGGGCCUGCGAACCGGAAGGGAGCACCGGCGUCGGAGGGCUCGCAAGUAUCUCCGCGCCUCGAAUGCCUGCAGGCCUGCCAUGGUGGCUGUCACAGAACUACAGCAGCCUCAUCGUCCUCUCCCAGCACAGACGCGAUUACGCCAGCCGAGAGUAACGCCCCUGGUGGGGACACCAUAGCGGUAAUCCAUAACCCUCGAAGCCAACACAGCCACCCCUCCAGCGGCGCGGCCAGCCAGACGGAGGUGGUAAAUACCUUCUUUACCAAGGAGUCCUCGAGCGCCUCCUCCUCUCAUCCUCAAAGCCCGGCGCAGGUGGACGGACACCUCUGGAACACACAGCUACAUGUCCACCUAGAGCAACACUUCUCUACGGACGAAAAUCCAGCCACACAAGCGCCGCCCACAGCUCACGUUACCAUCAUCGACGGUCGGGUCGUGAGGGAAGGAGGAGGAACGGGCAAAAACGGUAGACCACGCGGUGCCGGUUCGCCAACGUUGUCGUCGUUGAGGUGCCUAGAAGUCACGAGAUUGGAGGAUCACACUUCACCAAACAGCACUGGACACAGUUCGCCUUACAGUCACUUCGCUCUCCCGCACGGAGUUGAACGCCGGUCAUGGUCGCGUAAUGCUCUGUUACCACCAGUGCCCACCCCCAUUCUCCCGCACUCCUCGCCAGUCGGUGGCUUUGACGGCUGCCGAAGCCGCGACAACUGGAGCAACCCUCACACCGGAAGCAACAAGAGCACGGUCAGCACUGCCGGCAUUCAGCGCCAGGACUCCCGCGAGGCGUUGCUCUCGCAAGCAACGCCGCGUACGCCAGAGCUCUGGCGCCACAAGGUGAAGGCGAUGCCUCCUAUGGUGAAGCCGUUGAGGGAGCUGGCAAGGGAAGAGGAGUAUCCACUGUUUGCGGUACCGAUCGAUGAGGAAACCAACAAGGCCGUGGUGGCCUUCGUCUCUGGGUUUGUCCUGCUCAUCUGCCUGGUGUUUAUCUGCGCCAUGUGA